AUGGAAAACAUGAAUCAAUCAAUAACUGAAUUAUAUCAACUAUAAAAGUGCUUUUAAAAAUUUAAUCCGUUUGAGAUAUAAAUUGUAAGAAGAUUGAUUGAUCAAGUAAGAAAUAAAGUGGAAAAAGAAGAGUAAAAAAAAAUCAAAAGCAUAUCAGAAGAGUCUUCAAAUUAACUAAAACUUAACAAAAUAAAUUUUUUAAAUGUAAUAAAAUUUGAUGAAAAACUAUCAAUAGCUUACAGCUAAUUUUUAAAUUGUUUAAUUUAAAAAAGAAAAAUUUUAUCAACCAUCAACUAAGAUAUUGUAAAUUUGGAUUCUUUUGAAAAUUAAGCAUCAUAACUUAUUAAAGAUAGAGAUAUUCUCAAAUCUUCUAUUGACUAAUUAGUUAAAUAAAAUAGCUCUUAAAACUAAUUAUUGAGGCUUUGCAAAAUUUUUGAUUUUGUUUUAGAUAUAGAUGACUUUUUUUAGAGAAAGAUUUAGUUUUUAAUUCAAUUUAAUCUUUAAACUGUAAUACCUUUUUACUCUUUAGAAUAAGGAGCUGUAUAUGUCUCACUUAUAAAUUUAGGAAUAAUAAAAAAGGUAUCUAAAAAUUUUGAUAAGGUUGUUUAGCUUCUAACUAACAAAGAAUAUAUAGGAAAAAAUAUUAACUUUAUACAACCAGAUGCAUUAGCUUAACAUCAUGAUAGCAUCAUAAAAAAUUGUAUUUAAAGUAAAGUUAUUUCUAAAUAAAUUACUAACUAUCCGCUGUUAAUUGGUAAAGAUAAGAAUAACUGGGCAGUUCCUUACUCUAUAAAGAUGCAGAUAACUAUGAUCGGAUUAGAAGAUUUUGGAGUAUGUAGCAUAAUUUAGCAAAUAAAGGACUCUUCUUACUAUUUGAUGACAACAGCUGAUCUAGGCUUCAAAAGUUUAAUCAUGAGUUAGUCAUUUUAUUAAAAAAUAUUUUCGACUUGCUAUAGACCAAUAGAGUUAAAUAAUAUUAAAUUCAGUCAUGUUAUUCCUAUUUUGGGAAGUUUAUUUGAUAAUAACAAUGAAAGUUCUGAAUUUUAGACCAUAUUAAUCAAACCUCUCUUCAAAGAACAAAUAAAAAAUCCUAUUUAGAUUUUAAACAAUCCUUUACUGUUCUAGCAGCUAAUGGAUUUAGAUAUUCAUUUAAUUCAAGGAAAAUACAUUCAUAUUUAAAAUACAUACAUUUCUUUUAUUUAUAUUGUCAUUUUUUCUUGUGAGCCUGUAACAUAUUUGAGUUCUAAAAAGGAAGCUUUAAAGGAAUUUAGGAAGGAAAUUUAAGUCAAUUACUAAACUGAUAUGUAUAAUGAUGUUAAUAUAGAUUUUAUCUAACCAGAAUUUUCAGCGACUAAGGACGAAUAAGAAGAGUAUCAAAUAAAUCAUUUUUACAACUUAACGAAAUUAACAAUGUUUAAAAAACGGUUAGAAAAUAUAACAUAUGCUUCUAGGCUACAAAAAAUUAUUAGGUAAAACAGAUUAAAGAUUAAACAGAUGUAUAAAGCUUAGUAAGAACUUGCUUUGUAAUAAUCUCAAUUCUCUGAUUCAUAUUUUAAAAUCCAUGAUUUUGAUAACCAGUUUUCAAAAAUGGAUGAAAUAUAAGAAAUUGAAGCAUGUAAUUUAAGUAGUAUUAACAAUAGUAAUUUAUUAAAGAGUUCUAGUAGCAAUAAUUUAUUGCUUAGUAAUAGGAAAAAUUCCACCUCCGUUGACUAACAGAGCUUUAAUUAACAAGCUUCGAAAUCUUCAAAUUGGAAAAACGUUUUAUAUGGCAUAGAACAACUAAUUUUUGAUAGCCAAAAAUAAGAAAAACUAAUAUUUGCUGAAAAAAAAAUGAGGCAACUAAAAAAUAAAAAUUUUAUUCUCAAGAAUAUGCCAAUAGAUUAAAAUAAAUAUGCUAAGCUUGAUGAUGAUGACAAAAUAGAGUAAGAAUAAGAAAGCAAUUCUUCUAUUGAUGUCAGUGAUUUGUUUAACUAAAAUGAAAAAAAUGACAAGUAUGCUGAAGGAAGUGUUAACAACUCAAUAGGGAAAAAGAAACAGCAAAAAGAUUAACUUGUCGCUUCAAUAUAUUAGAAAAAGUAAGUGCCAAAAAUUUUUUAUAGUGGCUAUUUAUUAGAUUUGGUUUUGUUAGCACUUGUCAUAGUUUCUACUUCUAUGAGCUAUGUUGAUUAAAAAAACUUUGUUUAAGAAUACUAAAAUAGAGAUAAAAUCUUUACAGAUAUUAUCAAUUUCAAAAAAUUAAUACAUGAUUAAAUAGCAAAUAUAUUUAUAGAAGAUGGUUUUUUUAAAGAUUACUUUUAAUUGAGCGGUACUGAUUUUUAAAAUCAGUUUUUAACUAGUAUAGCUAAUGCUCAAACUGAUAAUAUAAAGCAAUAUAAGACUAUUUUAGAAAAUCUAUUUAUAAAUUAUUAAAAUGAAAUCUAUAUAGAUGAAGUGUUAUCUUAUGAAACUAACUACAAUACUCUUAGAGAGUCUUAAAAGCUGAUAUCUGUAUUUUCUAAUUUUAACCAGCAUAAAUUUACUUAUUUAUUCUAUGAAAUUGGCUCAUAAGAAUAUACAUUUAACUAUACAUAGAGUUAUUAACAAUAGCUUCUAACUCAAUACUACGAUGAUAUUAAAACUUAAAUGGGUAGUUUCAUGUAGUCAUAUUAAAAAUUUUCAGAUUCUAGCUUUAUGAGGUAAAAGAUUAAUAAUAUAACUUAUCUGAUAGACUCAAGUAUGUGCGACUAGCUAUAGCUCUAUUCUUCUAUUUUAUUACAAUAUAACUAAACAGAUUUCACUUAAUGUGUAUGGCUCUAUGAAGCCACAUAAAAUAGUGGAUUCUAUAUUUCCACUAAAAGAUAUUCGGAUGUUCAACUUUAGUUAUUAAAUUAAUUUAAUAGUAAUCUAACAGCUUAGUAACAAUAAGCGUAUCUUGAUAAAUAUUUCCAGCAAAAUUCUAUUUCUGACUAAUAUUAUGAGUUAAAAAUUCUAGAUUAAAUAUCUUAAAUUAUAGUAUAUCUAAUCAGAUCCCAAUAAUAAAAUCUCUUUGAUACUAUUAACUUAAUUAUAAUAAUGUCAACCGUCUUUUAACUGCUAUUAGUAAUAAAUGUCUCUUAUUUCAUUGUAAAGCAUAUGUUUCAAAAACUUCAAAAUCAAUAUUUGAAUGUUAGAAAAUUUUUGACUCUGAUAGAAUACGAUAUAAUUGUUGAAAAUCCAUACUUUAUCUCAUAUUUAAAGAAAGAAAUUUGA